AUGAAUCCCUUCUCAAUCCUCAAGCAACUUGCCUCCACGGGAAAAGCAUUCAAAGACAAUGAACCUGGAUCACGAGAAGUGCUCAUCGCACAGAGCCGCGCGCUCGUGGCCGCACUCGAAAUCCCAAGUGAAUUCAUCCAGCGCACUUUCUGGGCAGAGCCCGCUCAGUCCGCCAUAAUCCGGCUCGCCGUAGACGUGCGCCUAUUCCAACAUCUCCAAGAAGCAUCCCCAGCAGGCCUCAGCCCCAAAUCUCUAUCCGAGAAAACAGGCGUGGAAGGUAACCUCCUGAUCCGUCUUGCGCGACACUUAGUCGCCAUGAACGUGCUAGCCUUCUACUCAGGUGCGUUCCACGGCACAACCUUGAGCAACGGCCUCAUCGAGGAACGAUACCAACAUAGUAUCGUAUUCUGCUAUGACACCACACGGCCAUCGCUUAACGGGAUUCCGGAAUACUUCAAGAAAAGUGCGUACCGGUCCCCGAAGCUGGGCGGUAUGGAUGGACCCUUUCAAUACGCACAUGGGACGGAUCUACGGUUCUUUGACUGGGUUGUUGCCACGCCGCCGCAGCUGCGGCAUUUUAAUUCGUUUAUGAGUGCCUACCGUGCUGGGAAGGCGAGUUGGUUUGAGGAGGGGUUUUACCCUGUUUUACAGCGGCUGAUUUGCGGGUUUGAUGCUAAGAUUGGUGAGGCUUUGUUGGUUGAUGUUGGUGGUGGGCGUGGUCAUGAUGUUGCUGCUUUUGUGGCAAUGUAUGGAAAUCUGCCUGGAAAGGUUGUGCUUCAGGACCGUGGGGCUGUUAUUUCGAGUAUUUUGGAAUGUGCUGGGGGGAGGGCGUUUGAGGUGCAGGGUUAUGAUUUCUUCACGCCGCAGCCUGUGAAGGGAGCGAGGGCUUAUUUUUUGCAUUCUAUUUUGCAUGAUUGGUGUGACGAGGAUGGUGUGCGAAUUUUGAAGAAUCUGGUGCCUGCUUUGGUUAGGGGGUAUUCACGGGUUCUCUUUAAUGAGAUUGUUAUUAGUGAAGAGAAGCUGACGCUGGCGGCGACGAGUAUGGAUUUGAUGAUGCUGUCGCAUUUUUCGGUCAGGGAGAGGACGGAGGAGGAGUGGAGGGGGAUUUUGAAGAGAGUAGGGUUGAGGGUUGUGAGGAUUUAUACGUAUCCUGGUGUUGCGGAAAGUCUGAUUGAGGCUGAGUUGGCAUAA